GUAUGGCGACUGGCAUCCAACAUGACCUGAUGAAGCAGGCACAGUGCUUUUGGUCAAUGCUGGAUGAGCUUGCAGAGACCGAUGAAGAUGCAUACAGGAAGUUCAUGGCCACAAACCUCCAAAGAGGACAGCAAGAAUUGACACCGGCUAAGCCAUGGAUGUGUGUCAAGACCCGUAUCAUGGAUAAUACCAGGGUUGGACUACCGAAGCUGUCUGUAACUAAACUGUGCCCACAUCACCAGCGCUAAAUGGCAGAACCACCGGCUAAGAGAGUCAGAAGACGAAAUGAGACACAAACUAACCCUGGUCCAAGCACAGCACAAGACAGUCAGGCAGCUGCAACCCAACAACUACCGGCUGAUGGAGUGAGGGAUGAUCAACAAACGAUUCAGUCUUGCAACAGACAGCCUUCCCAGCAGGAACCAACGCCACAACCACCACAGCCAAGACCGGGUGAGACACAAACUAAUCCUGGUCCAAGCACAGCUCCAACCCAACAACUACCAGCUGAUGGAGUGAGGGAUGAUCAACAAAUGACUCAGUCUGGCAGCAGACAGCCUUCCCAGCAGGAACCAACACAACAACCACAGCCACAACUACAGCCAAGACCGGAUAAUGUCAAGAGAGCCUUGGAAGCAGAUGCUAACGAGCGCGCAGAGAAGCGUAAAGCAGAGGCGACGGUUCUGAAAGAUCAGGGGAACCAAGCGUUCAACAAGGGUGAUUACACACGAGCCGUUAAACUCUACACGCAGGGCCUGGAAAGUCUAAAAGACUUUGUGGUGCUGUACACCAACAGGGCACAGGCUUACAACAAAUUGGAAAAGUUUACAGAGGCAAUGGAGGACUGCCGGACGGCCUUGCAGUUGGAACCAAAGAAAGUCAAGGCAUUGGUGCACCUUGGCAAGGCCCAGCAGGGACUGAAGGAUUAUGAGGCGGCUGUUAGGACUUACAAAGAAAUCCUCAAGAUUGACGAGAAGUACGAGAAAAUGGUGGCAGAUAAUGUCAAGAGAGCCCAGGAAGCAGACGCCAGCGAGCGCGCAGAGAAGCGUAAAGCAGAGGCGACGGUUCUGAAAGAUCAGGGGAACCAAGCGUUCAACAAGGGUGAUUACAUACGAGCCAUUAAACUCUACACGCAGGGCCUGGAACGUCUAAAAGACUUUGUGGUGCUGUACACCAACAGGGCACAGGCUUACAACAAAUUGGAAAAGUUUACAGAGGCAAUGGAGGACUGCCGGACGGCCUUGCAGUUGGAACCCAACAACGUCAAGGCAUUGCUGCACCUUGGCAAGGCCCAGCAGGGACUGAAGGAUUACGAGGCGGCUGUUACGACUUACCAAGAAAUCCUCAAGAUUGACAAGAAAUACAAGAGAAUGGUCGCAGGUGGGUCAGCAGUCUUCAGGCCAAAUGCACGAACAUGA